AUGCCAUACUCAUUUCAUAGUCAUUCAGGUCAGUUUUGUAAGCAUGGAUACGGCCUUUUGGAGGAUGUCGUCAAGGAAGCUAUCCGCAAAGGCUUCCAUGGUUAUGGAUUGAGCGAGCACAUGCCUCGUUACGCUGAAUCCGAGCUGUAUCCUGAAGAAAUUGAGGCCAAUUGCACACCAAAAACUUUGGAGACAACAUAUGCCGAUUUUCAGGUAGAAGCCAGACGAGUUCAGCAAUUGUACAAGGACCAAAUCAGCAUUGUCAUUGGAGCCGAGAUUGAGUUUAUUAACAAGGAUUAUGCUCAACAUGUCCAUCAUCUUCGAAAUGAUCACAGAGCAGACUAUGUUGUUGGGUCUCUUCACCACGUCAAUUCAACACCCAUUGAUUUCUCGCCUGAACUUUACGCUAAAGCCUUGAGCCAAGCAAACAACUCGUUGAAGAAUCUCUACAUCCGCUAUUUUGAUGAACAACAUGUCAUGCUGCAAUCUGUCCGGCCUGAAGUCGUAGGACACUUUGACCUCAUUCGUAUCUUUGCUGAUCAAAGCAUCGCUGACAUGACCCUAUUAGAGCCCGAAGUUUGGGAACGUGUCUUGCGCAACAUUGAUCUAGUGGUCAAGUAUGGUGGAUUAUUUGAAAUCAACUCGAGAUCAUGGAAAAAGGGGCUUUUGGAUGCAUAUCCACAGAGAGACAUCAUCAAGGCUAUUUUGGAAAGACAAGGCAGAUUUACUCUAUCGGAUGAUUGCCAUGGCCCAAACGAUGUCGGAUUAUUCUAUGAGAAGCUACCUGCAUAUCUAAAAGAAAAUCACAUCAAUACCAUCUACUACCUGGCAUACAACCAAGAAGGCAAGACAGUUGUAAAGGAGCACGACAAUAUAUUAGAUGAUGUGUUUUGGGCUAAAAUACAACACUGGUAA